AUGGGAAUCAGUAAUCAGUUCGCCAUUGAAGGCAAGGUGACAGAGAGCCAGGGAUGGUAUUGUUUGCUGCUGCAACAGGCCUGCAGCUGGUACCUUCAUCCGAUCAAAGUGGUGGUCCCCUGUUCUGCAAUUCUUUUGCCGUGCGGGAAGUCCCGGAUACUGCAGCGAGAUACUUUGCAGGAGGCCUUGCUAUCGGGCAUCAAGCGGAAAACGAUAUGCGUGGAGGAGGAUAAGAGUGAUCUCCAGCUGACAUGCUAUGGCCUUGAUGGCAACUUCGGUUACCCGUCAAGGGAGGUGAGGGGCCUGCUCAAGAACAUACUCGUAACCAGGCCGGAUCCCCUUAAAGGUGCGGGAAGCCGAGUGGAUCAAGCAAAUGCUGCCGUUUCAGUGCGAGGCAGACUUCGUCGUGUCUCCGGCGGCAGGGAUGUUCUGGACGACAAAAGAGCAAUCUUGGCAUGCCUUGUGUCAAGCGUGUACUCACUCCAGCACGACAGAUCGAAAAACUACACAGGAACUCCACAAGCUCUCGCUCCUCCCUGGUGGACGUCCUUCAACUACGAGCUCCUCGACGUGAUCCUCGGCAAUGACAAGCUCCGGAUCAACGGCGCAGUGUUCGUGUGGAACUACAAAAACCACUGGAAGCCUGCCAGAGCUCCGAUGGUGGUCCUGGCGCUCAGAGGCACGGACAGCCUAACCAGCGACUACAUCGUCGACUUCAAGAUCGCCAACCAGGAGCUUUACAAGACAGGCAGGUUCACAGCCGCGUACAACGCUCUCCGAAACGCCGUCGCAUGGCAUGGCAAGGACAACGCAUCGCAUGGCCAGUUCGUCGAGGCUCAUCUCUUCAAUCCGCCAUUCUCGUCCUCGACCGCUCCAUACAAGUCACUCUUCGGUGCUGAGACUUACAGCAAUCUCCAAGAGGUUUACACCGUUGCAAAGGCCGGGCUCGUCAACUUACUGGUGGAUGCCGCAAAGAGAAGGGAGUCCGAGGCAGAGUUUGCGGCACUUGGAAGCUGGUACCCGGACAUGUAUGUUCAUCCCAGUGAUCCGGUAUGCUCGGGCUUUCUCGAGCACUUCAAGAACUAUCAGUAUAUGCUACAGGGGAAGUAUGCGAGAUUGGCGAUGCCUCACGAAUCCAUCCGGGGCGUGCUCUGCUCCUCCAAAGCGAAGCCGCAUCACCUCAUCCCCUCGGCAAGGCUUCACGUCCCAGCGGAUGAAGGCAAAGCUGCGAGUGCUCGAGACGCUCAUUCUCUUACACAGUGGUGGUCGGAUGGAGCAGUCGUUCAGGUGCAAUUUGUCAACUUGACAGGUCAAGAACACUUGGAUCAUCCGCUGCAAAUCCCGUUUGGGGGGAUAAGCUACGAAGCUAUGGUGUAGUACGCGGCUAUGACUUCAUGGUACAUAUUUUCUCUGUGCUCAAAGAACCCACCCGAGAAAAAAGUUUUUAUUUUUCCUGUGCUAAACCAAGGUUUGAAGAGAACGCGGCGUGUUUUCGACGUUCAAUCUGACUGGAAGAACGUCACAGGUGGAUGUUUACCACGUCAUGACUUUACAAUGAACACUUUCAUUGUCUGCUCGA